AUGCUUCGGAAGUUGAAUCCGAGAAGACUUGUCGAGUGCGUAUUCCCGAUAUUGCAAUGGUCGCGCCAUUACGAACUACGGACGGCUCUGGGAGAUCUAAUCGCCGGAGUCACGGUCGCUCUCACCCUUAUACCCCAGUCCAUCGCGUAUGCGUCGCUGGCUGGUUUUGAACCGCAGUAUGGAUUGUAUGCGUCACUGGUGGGUGGCUUCGUGUACGGCGUGAUGGGCACCAUCCCACAGAUUAACAUCGGGCCCACGGCUCUGCUCUCUCUACUCACCUUCACCUACACCAAUGGCACCAACCCUGACUUUGCUGUGCUGCUCUGUUUCGUUGGCGGCGUCGUGACCCUCGUCGCUGGCAUUGCGCAACUCGGAUUCCUAGUGGACUUUGUAUCGACUCCAGUAGUGUCAGGCUUCACAUCGGCUGCCGCGGUGACCAUAGCCUCUUCGCAGAUAAAAGGACUGUUAGGGCUGCAUUUCGACGCCGAGACCUUUACGUCGACCUGGCGAGCCGUAUUCCAGAACGUCGCAAACGCGAGAUUGAAUGACACGGUGCUAGGUCUGUCCUGUUGUGUCCUGUUAACGGGAAUGAAGGCCCUAAAGGACAUUCGAAUCGAAGAAUCGGAGGACGGGAAGUGCAAAGGGCGGGCGAUGGUUAAACGAGGGCUUUGGGCCGCGAGUGUGUCGCGGAACGCCCUGGCGGUGGUUGCAGCGGCAGCGCUCGCCUUCUGUCUUCAUCGGGACAAGGAUCAUCCCUUCAUACUUACCGGCCACAUAACAGCGGGUCUGCCACACCCUCGAGUACCAGCGUUCCAAACUACAGUUGGUAACGGCACGGUGUAUGCCGGUGGAAUGUUAGCUCACCUCGGAAGUGGACUGCUAGUAGUGCCACUAGUGGGAAUCAUUUCAAACGUAGCCAUCGCUAAAGCCUUCUCGAAAGGCAAAGCCCUAGACGCAACACGUGAAAUAGUGGCGCUGGGUCUGUGCAACAUCGCCGGAUCUUUUUUCAACUCGUUCCCGGUCAACGGAUCGUUCACUCGCAGCGCGGUCAGCGAUGCCUCCGGAGUGGCCACUCCUGCCGCCGGCUUCUACACGGGUUUAAUAGUACUUCUGACGCUGACUCUGCUGACUCCGUACUUCUACUUCAUCCCUCGCGCGGCCUUGGCGGCGGUCAUCACGUGCGCCGUGCUACAUAUGGUGGACCUUCAAAUCGUCAAGAAAUUGUGGAAAACAAAUAAGCUAGACUUGCUUCCAUUAACGAGCACCUUCGUGAGCUGCCUGGUGCUAGGGAUCGAGGUGGGUCUGGGAUGUGGAGUAGCCGUAGACGUGUUGCUGCUGCUCUACUAUCAGUCGCGUCCGCGGCUCCAACUGCGAUACGUCCAAGAAGGGUCGCUUCCACCUCACUACCAGAUGCAUCCUGUUGGCGGUUUACACUUCGCGAGUGCUGAAAGAGUUCGAUCAGAGUUAAUGGCUCUUAAUGUCGGCCGACAGACAAAGAUAACUAGAGUGGAGGUCGUCACGCCCGAUGCCAUAUUGACAAACGGUGGCGCUGGGCCGGAGCCGCCCAAACUACCGCCCAACUUACUCAUCGUUUAUUGCGACGCACUCAGCCGCCUCGACUACACAUUCCUACAGAGCAUGAAUAUGAUGGUAGAAGAAUGGUCCCGUGAUGGCCACGUUAUCUGGUGCGGAGCUCAGCCCAAAGUCAGAGAGCAGCUGGAGGCUGCCAUUCACAAUCCCUUGUUCUGCUCGCACGAUCAGUUAUCAGCUGUACUAAUAGGAUUAUCUUCCGUCACUCAAGUCGGUAACGUUAGUGACACGCAGUUAUAG